GUAAAGAUACGUUUUGCGUACAAGCAACCGUGGUUUUUCGAUCGGCCAAAAUGUGGAUGGGUUUUUGGUACCUAUUUGUAUGCGCUGUUGUAUUAAUUUUGAUAAAGCAUCAUUGGUCUCGGCGCAAAAUUUAUCAACUGACAUGUUCGCUGCAUGGCCCUCCUGCGCUACCAAUUUUUGGAAAUGCAUUGAUGUUUUGGUGUAAGGAGGAAGAUAUUUUUGAACGACUUGUUAAAGUGGUUAAUAACUAUCCUAGUCCAAUGCGAAUUUGGCUCGGUCCCAAGUUAGUUGUGGCAGUAAAAACAGCGCACCAAAUUGAGAAGAUAUUUACAUCUUCCUCAGCAUCCAGCAAAGAUGAUUUAUACCGAUUUCUAAAGGUCUUUAACGGAGACAGUCUAUUCACAUCUACGGGAAACGAAUGGAAAAGACACAAACGGCUUAUAGCACCAUCUUUAAGCAGUAAGUAUAUGGAAUCCUACGUAACAGUCGCACGCAGAUGUUGCCGCAUGUUAGUUGAGAAAGUUGGAGAGGUUGCCAAUGGGGAACUAAUCGACAUCGAUUACUACGUGUAUCGAUUUUACCAGGAUGUUGUACAUGAGACACUCACUGGUCAUAAUCCAGGCGCUCAACAUGGAACAAUGGAUGCUAUGAUUUCCUUGUGUCACGAGGCGUAUGUUUUGUUACAUUCUCGCAUGACGAAGGCAUGGUUACAUCCAGAUUUCAUUUUCCGAAAAAGUGCUAAUGGAAAGCGGCAAAGUUAUAUUACGAAAAGUCUUAGGACGCUUCUGUGUGAGCACAUUAAACUGGCACCUAUUAAUAAUAAUGAUAAUGAAGAGUUCAAGAGUGUCUACCUGCGAAUGUUGGAAGAAAUAGAGAAACAUCCCGAAAUGUAUGGAAAUCAAAAUUUAAUGGACCACAUUGUAACGUUAUUUUCUGCUGCUGAAGAUCCCACGUCAACGAUUAGCUGCUAUCUAAUGAUCAUGCUCGGGAUGUAUCCAGAGAUUCAGGACAGAGUCUUUAAGGAAAUAAGAGAGGUUUUUGGUAAUGGCGACGUUAUUGAACGUAUUACUUUCAAGGAUUUAUCACGCAUGCACUAUUUGGGUAUGUGUAUCAAGGAGGUGUUGCGAAUAUUUCCAAUUGCACCUUUCAUAGCAAGGAAAUUAGUUGAGGAUUUAGAUAUCGAAGACAACGUCACCUUGCCACCGGGUUCCACAAUUCUUUUAUGUUUGUAUCACGUACAAAGAAGCACUGAGUAUUGGAAAAUGCCUGACGAAUUUUAUCCCGAGCACUUUUUACCAGAAUCCGUUGCUAAUCGACAUCCAUACGCGUUUUUGCCAUUCAGUGCUGGUGCGCACUCCUGCCCAGGUCAGCUAUUCGCCAUAUCUACAAUUAAGGCAGUGGUGAUAUCAAUUCUGCCACGAUUUGUUUUGGAGGCAGAUGGCACAUGGAAGGAUAUAAAAAUUAAAGCCGACAUUAGUAUUAGACCUGUUGAUGGUUACAAGUUACGGAUUAGAAGAAGGAUUGCUCACUCCUCUUGAAGCUUAUGUGCAAAAAUGUACUUUGUGUAAAAUAUGAGCUGAAAGAGGGAGUUCAAAAGGGAAAUCACUAUGAUUAAUAUUAGAAUAAGUUAAAGCUACGACGUUUUUAUUUUUUACUUUCUUUAUUUUUCGUACAAGUUUAGUAAGUUGAAAAUUAGAAAUUGGGAUUG